UCAUUUCUUAUACGUCGUAUUGUCUGUCUAUCGAUAUCGCCACUAAACGGCUUACACGGAAAGGGUCGUUCCGGCGAUCUAGUAAUAACCCUAACAAUGGCUAUAGCCAGUUUGCGGAGACUUUCCGCUCAAAUCUAUAGAAUCUCUUCAGCCUCCCUCCCCUCCAAAUCUCUCCUCGUCCGCUCCUCCGCCACUUCUGCUUCUGCUAAAGUUUCGGACCGAAUCGUGAAGCUCUUCGCUAUCGACCUCGACGGCAAAAAGCGCGAGAUAGUCGGCCUCUCAGGUCAGACUCUCCUCAAGGCACUGACGAACAACGGGCUGAUCGACCCUGCCUCGCAUAGACUGGAGGAGAUCGAUGCUUGUUCAGCAGAAUGUGAGGUGAACAUCGCGCAAGAGUGGUUCGACAAGCUUCCUCCGCGGUCGUAUGACGAAGAGUAUGUAUUGAAAAGGAAUUCCAGGGCUAGGGUUUUGAAUAAGCACUCGAGGCUUGGGUGCCAGGUGGUUCUGAAGCCGGAGCUCGAAGGUAUGGUUGUAGCGGUCCCGGAGCCGAAACCGUGGGAUAUUCCGUGAGGUGAUCGCUUAUCAGAAUUAAGUUCUGAAGAAAAGUUAGUGUUUUAGUUUUUUCCCUUGCCUGGUCUUUGUUUUUGUUUUUGUUUUUAGUUGAAUAAAUUAUGUGCACGUUAAGACGCAUUGUUAUUCGAUGUUGAUUAAUGAACUCCAUAGAAAUGGGAUUUUAUGGAAAUAUAAUUGAUGGAAUUGGAAUCC